UCAGGAUGCGGUCCUCGCUUGUCUUGGUCCUUUGGCAAUUAUUGUACUGUGCUACUGUCACCUUUGCAUUUUCAGUUUCAAUCAAGAGAAAAAAUAAUUUUCAGCUUUUGUUUCUUUUUAAAUGUAUUAAAAACGAUUGGCAUUUGUGGGCGUCAACACAUGAGGGAAAAAUUCUCUGUUAUCAUUCAGAAAUUGGUAGAAAUUACACUAUUUUAUAUAUUGGCUAUAUUUUUAGUGGGCUUGUGGUUUUUAUUGGGACAACUUUUGUACCGUGUUUUCUUGAUUUAAUUAUUCCUUUAAAUGAAACACGUUUAUUGAAACCGGUGUGA